ACAAAAUUGGGGUUGAUUAGAGAUGGGACUACAAUCAUCCAAAUCCAAGAACCCAGUAUGAACCAGCGAUGGAAGCCAGCCAGGGUUGCAUGACUGGGAUUGUUGUUUCCCCUCUCCUUCCCUAGACAUAUAUCUCAAAUUGCUCUCCUUGGAAGCGUAUCUAAAUUGCCCCAUUGACAUCUCUUCAAUAAUAAGUGGCGUUUUAGUCUCUCAGAAAGCGCCCAUCUCAGUUCCUAAUACCCCAUUGCAGUCACUGGAAGUAGAUCAUGGCUGGGGAGCGUGUUAUAGCCAUAUGCCAGUCUGGUGGUGAGUUUGAGGCUGAUGAGGAUGGCUUACUGUCCUAUAAAGGUGGAGAUGCUCAUGCCAUGGAAAUCGAUGACCAAAUGCAGUAUGAAGAAUUCAAAGCUGAGGUAGCUGAGAUGUUUAACUGCAGCCUCACUACCAUGUCUAUAAAAUAUUUCCUUCCAGGCAAUAGGAAGACUCUCAUCACCAUAUCCAAUGAAAAGGACCUUAAGCGUAUGAUUCAGUUUCACUGUGCAUCUGACUCUGCUGAGAUAUAUGUUAUGACUGAAGAACCACUUGCUCUUGAUCUGUCCACCAUGCCAGGCAGUAGGUAGUUUUUCUUGCUGUCUUGUGACACACAUCUUAAUCCAUCCCUUAGAUAAAAACAUGUUGGGGCGGGCUUAUGUUCUUGCAGGUCAAGCCGUACAACUCUUUCAGAAUCUGGUGUUCCAAUUGAUGCUCCACCGGAGGAUAUCGUUGAUGACCCUGACCAACCUGUCCUUCUUCUUGAUGAUGAUGCCUUUGACAUAGUUGGUGACACAAGCACAACUGCCGAUCCUCCCCAAAUCGAGAUGUCUUCUGGAUUGCCCAUUUCCGUUUCGUUUGCUGUCAACUACAAUGAAAAGAACGCGAAAGCUGCUCAGCAAUGGCAGAACAGUAUUACUGGGGUAGGCCAAAGGUUCAACACAGUACAUGAGUUUCGCGAAACAUUGCGAAAGUAUGCAAUCGCCAAUCAAUUCGCUUUCAAGUACAAGAAGAACGACAGUCACCGUGUGACUGUGAAGUGCAAAGCAGAAGGAUGUCAAUGGAGGAUUCAUGCUUCAAGGCUGUCAACCACUCAGUUAAUCUGCAUAAAGAAAAUGAAUCCCACCCAUACAUGCGAAGGAGCUGUUGUGACAACAGGUUACCAGGCAACGAGAAGCUGGGUGGCAAGUAUUGUAAAGGAGAAGCUGAGAGUGUUCCCUAAUUACAAGCCCAAGGAUAUUGUCAAUGACAUCAAAGAGGAAUAUGGGAUCCAGCUAAACUACUUCCAGGCAUGGCGUGGAAAGGAGAUAGCCAAAGAGCAGCUUCAAGGCUCAUACAAGGAGGCAUACAGUCAGCUACCAAUCUUCUGUGAAAAGGUAAUGGAGUCAAACGCGGGCAGUUAUGCAACUUUCACUACUAAAGAGGACUCGAGCUUUCAUCGGCUCUUUGUCUCAUUCCACGCUUCACUGUUUGGCUUCGAACAAGGCUGCAGCAGGCCUCUGCUUUUCCUUGACGGUAUAUUUUUGAAGUCAAAAUAUCAAGGCAACCUCUUGGUAGCCACAGCUGCUGAUGGAAACGAUGGUGCUUUCCCUGUAGCUUUUGCAGUAGUGGACACAGAGUCUGAAGAUAACUGGCAUUGGUUCUUACUUCAACUUAAGGCUGCACUCUCCAUGUGCCGUGGCAUUACUUUUGUGGCAGAUAGAGAAAAGGGUCUACAGAAGUCCAUUGCUGAAGUUUUUCAGAACGAAGACGUAUACCAUGGGUUCUGUGUAAGAUAUCUGGCUGAACAACUGAUUAGAGAUUUAAAAGGACAUUUUUCUCAUGAAGUCAAGCGUCUUUUAGUUGACGAUCUCUAUAAAGCCGCGUAUGCCCUUAAACCUGACAGCUUUCACACUUGUGUUGAAAGGAUCAAAAGCAUUUCAGUGGAAGCUUACAACUGGGUUUUCCAAAGUGAUCCUUCUCACUGGGCUAAUGCGUUCUUCCCUGGGGCCCGCUAUAACCACAUCGCAUCAAACUUUGGUGAGCUUUUUUAUAACUGGGUAGCGGAUGCACAUGAGUUGCCAAUCACCCAAAUGGUGGAUGCAAUACGGGGUAAAAUCAUGGAUUUGAUUUAUACUAGAAGGAUGGAGUCCAACCAGUGGAUGACAAGGUUAACACCGUUUAUGGAGGAGAAGCUGGAGAAGGAGAGCCUUAAAGUCCACUCUCUUCAGGUUAUGAUGUCAACAACAACACGCAAUAAGUUUGAAGUGCACGGUGGGGAAUCGAUCGAAUGUGUUGACAUUGACCACUGUGAUUGCAGCUGUAGAGAAUGGCAGGUUUCUGGCUUGCCUUGCUGCCAUGCUAUAGCUGUCAUUGGCUGCCUUGGCCGUGAUCCGUACAACUUUUGUGCUAGGUACUUCACAGCGGAUAGUUACAGGUUGACAUAUUCCGAGUCAGUUCAUCCGAUUCCGUGUUUGGAUAGUACCAGCAGCAGCCACACACAUAGAAAAGAUGCUUCUCAAACUGUUGCAACUGUCACCCCUCCCCCGACCCGCCGCCCGCCAGGUCGGCCCACUACGAAGAAUGUCGGUCUCAGUGAGAGGCGUCAGGUUCAAUGCAGUAGGUGUAAGGGUAUUGGGCACAACAAGUCGUCAUGCAAAGAAGGGGUGAUAGAGAACUAAUUUAUGUAGAUCUUUAUAGAUGCUGUGUAUGAGCCAUUUGCAUAUAUCCAUUUGUAUAUGCGGUCCCGGCUUGAGUUCAUUUUCCCCUUUCAUUAAUGUUCUUUUUUUAGUAUUCUUCUUCUUGAUCUUUCUCUUCUUGAAUAAUGUACAUUUUUUUAACACUUAUGCUGUUUAAGCUUUACAUAUUUCCUUUUACAAAGUUUUACCUAAUUUCUG